AUGCCUAUGCUAAAGUUGGCCGAGGCCGCCUGCAAACGGUGCCAAUUUGAGCUUGCCCAGGAUUGCAUGGUGCGCACUAAGGAUUAUGCUAGCCUCUUGCUCAUUGCCACGAGCACCGGGAACGCCGAUAUGUUACGCCUUCUGGCUCGACAGGCAAGCGAAGAAAAACGUGACAACAUCGCAUUUCUUGCAAACUUCAUGCUCGCCGACCUAAAUGGCUGUCUACAGGUAAACAUAGGUUAA